UCACCGGCUCGGGGGUCGAGGCGUAUUGGAGCCGGGACCGUAUCCUUUGCCCGGCGGGCAGGGGGCGCCAGUGCACACGCUAGGUUGGGAGGGAAAUGAAGGAUUGGGGCUUGGGUGGGGAGGUGCUGGUGAGGGCGUCUGCACAAAUCCUUCCUCCCCGUCCCUGUACCUGGGGGAGCUUUAGUCUGGGACUGAUGGUUUCUGAUGAGGAACAUGCAGUGCUUCAUAUUGAAGGAAUUUCUGCAACAAGAAAUAGUAGAGCAAGAAGUAAGUUGAAAUUUCCCAAACCUGAUGUUAAACUAAAGGCUUCCAAGUCAGCUGAUACUUCUGUCCCCAUGGAUCCUUUCAAAGGUGCAGGAGACUCAACAUGUAAAGAGAUUGUUCACAAUGGAGGAAUGAAGAGUGCCAGCUUGAAGGACUUAUGUCCUGAAGACAAAAGACGUAUUGCAAACUUAAUUAAAGAGCUUGCCAGGGUAAGUGAGGAAAAGGAAGUAACAGAAGAACGACUAAAAGCUGAACAGGAGUCAUUUGAGAAGAAGAUCAGAAAGCUAGAAGAUCAGAAUGAGCUUAUCAUCAGAGAACGGGAAGCCCUGCAGCAGCAGUAUAGAGAGUGCCAAGAACUUCUGAAACUUUAUCAGAAACAUCUUUCUGAACAGCAGGAGAAGCUCACUUUGUCCCUCUCAGAGCUUGGUACUGGUAAAGUGAAGGAGCAACAACAGGUACCCAUCAGGAAGAACUCUCCUGAUUCUCCCCACCAGGAAGAGAAUGAUCCUUAUAGGAACCUCACAAGUUCACAAAACUAUCAAAACAAGAAUGAAUCUAAAUUUGCAGGCCAGUGCUCAGCUCCAGAAACAAAUCUGUGCUUUGAGAGUUAUUCUCACAGGAUAGCAGACCUUCAGCGUCCUCAGGAUGGUCUGAAUAGGGAACAAGUAGAGGCAAGAAUGCGUAACCUCAAGUCUCCAGGAACAAGGUUAAUGGGCUCAAUUCUAACUGAGAGAACCCCACCAAAUGGAAUGAGAAAUAAGGAAUUUUCUCACCUCCAGUCUUAUGCAAGUAGCCAUUGCUGUGUUCACGGUCAUCCUGAAAAUGAAGAGCAUGUUCAUGGCAACCAUCAGGCAAGAAUGACUAGACACCAUCCCAGGACACAUCAUCAUGAAUCAUGCAGUUAUUGUGGGUUUUCCUGGAUACCAUGUGAACCAGUGACAUCAGAGCAUGAGGAAAUAGAUGACAAAAAACCAAUGUCAGGCGAGAGGAGGAAGCAGCUUCUCCUGCAGAAAGUGGAGUUGGAGAUUGAAAAGGAGCGCUUGCAGCAUCUGCUGACCCGUCAGGAAACACAACUUCUAUUGAAACAGCAGCAGCUCUUCCAGUCCCGGCUGGAUUACAGUCGGUUAAAAAGGCAGGCUGCAUUUAAUUCAAGAGACAUUGCCAUAGAUGGAGAAGCACUCAGUAAAAAAGACCUGAAUCUUUCAGUGAAUGGAAUUGGCACAGGACUGAGCUUUCUGCAGUCAAAGCCUGAUGAUUACCUGCAUAGAACACCAACGCCCAGCAAAGGAAUCAAAUUACACAGUGCUACUGGUGAAGAGAACAGUAUCGGGAAGAAGCCAAUUGGACUUUGGUCAAAUAUAAAGGAAGAUGACCUUUGGAUGUAUCGGCCAAAUGACAUGAACAGAUCCAGAAGAGGAGAAAUGUCAAGAGCUAGAAAAGAUGCAACUACAUCUCCUAUAAUGCCAGUCAACCGAAAGGAUUUUGUAACCACAGCCACGUCACCAUUCCAGUGUGACACUGCCAGGUACAAUACCUCCCUGUUGGACUUGGUCCAUUCUCUGAGUCCCCGCUCUGCUUCUAGACCACGGCCACCUCUCUCAAGAGAAGCUUAUGCCUGGAAUUACAGCCCAGUCCAGGUCUGCCCCCGAAAGCUAGCCUGGGCCUCAAGGGCAGCUGGGCAAUGUGAAGAGCUGGAAGAGAGUCGGAUGCUUGAAGAAAUUUUCUUCAUUUGA